AACCGGGGCCCGUGCUGCGCGCCGCGGGGCGGACGCCCGUCCCCCCGAGGCGGCGCUGGGUCCCGCCCUCCUCGCUGCGGCACCACGAGGUGCCCGACGGCGAUGCCAAGUACGAUGUCAUCUUCCGCAAGGUGCGAGGAAUACUAAACAAACUCACUCCAGAAAAAUUCCAAAAGCUAAGCGACGACUUGCUGGGCCUCGAGCUGGAUUCGGACAAAGUGCUUAAAGGUGUGAUCCUGCUGAUAUUCGAGAAGGCCCUCGAUGAACCCAAGUACUCGUCUAUGUAUGCGCAGCUGUGCAAGCGGCUCAGCGAGGAGGCGCCCAACUUCGAGCCGCCCGGCCAGCCCUGCACCUUCAAGCUGCUGCUGCUCAACAAGUGCCGCACCGAGUUCGAGAACCGCGCACAGGCGUUCGCGGCCUUCGAGGACAAGGCGUUGACCGCCGAGGAGGAGGAGAAACGACAUCUCGCCAAGUGCAAGAUGCUUGGAAAUAUUAAAUUCAUCGGCGAACUGGGCAAACUGGAGAUCUUGGCGGAGUCCAUUCUGCACCGCUGCAUUCAGAACCUGCUAGCGCGGCGCGCGGCCGCCGAGCACCAUGAGGAUCUCGAGUGCCUGGCGCAGCUGGUGCGCACCUGCGGCCGCGUGCUCGACUCGGAGCGCGGCCGCGGCCUCAUGGACCAGUACUUCGCGCGCAUCGAGACGCUGUCCGCGUCGCGCGACCUGGCGCCGCGCAUCCGCUUCAUGCUGCGCGACGUGGCGGAGCUGCGCCGCGGCGGGUGGCUGCCGCGCGCCGCGGUCUCCGCCGAGGGCCCCGUGCCCAUACACCAGCUGCGGGCCGACGACGAGCCGCCGCGGCGUGAUCGCGACCGCGACCGAGACCGAGACCGCGACCGCGAGCCGCUGUUCCGAGGAGGGCUGCGCGCGCGUCCGCUCGACGACGUGCUGGCCGGACUGCAGCUGCAGGCGGGCGCGCCGCUCGCAUCCGACAAGCUGUUCGGCAACGGGUUCGGCGGGUCGCGCGACGCCUUCCGCCAGCGCUCGGCGCCGGGCUACUUCCCGCGCGCCCACGCCCACGGCGGCCACAACGCCCACUACAAACACCACAACGCGCAGCCGCAAGGCACCGCCUCCAAGGAGGGCGGGCGCGCGGGCGCAGCGGGCGGGGCGGGCAAGGCGCGUGCGGCGGGCGCGCUGGCGGCACUGGCCGACGUGCAGAUGCGCCCGGCGGCCAACUCGCUCAUGUUCACCGCCAACCGGCUGUCGCGGCCGGCGCAGCAUCACCAGCCGCUGGCGGCCGUGCAGCAGAACGUGCUGCCGCCGACGUUCGCGAGCGCGCCGCUGCUGCUCAAGGAGCCCGCCAUCACCAUCAAACCCGCGCCGGACAAGAAAGACAAGCCGAAGAAGGACAAGGGGCUGAGCAAGGAGGAGGCGUGCCGGCUGGCCGUGGAGGCGACAGACGCGCUGGCGGCGGCCGGCGGCGCGCCCCCGCCACCAGAGGACGCCGAGCCCGCGCUGCCCGCCCCCGCGGCGCACCACGUGCAGCGUCUGCGCGACCUGCACCUGCCCGACAAGGUGUUGCGGCGCGUCAUCGCCGCGGUGUUGGAGCACGCGCUGACGGGAGAGCCGCCGGACGCCGGGGGCGCUGGGGGGGGCGCUGGGGGCGGCGCUGAGGGCGAGGAGGGGGGCGCUGGGGGCGAGGAGGCGCUGGCGUCGGCGGCGUGCGCUGUGGUGCGCAGCGUGAAGCGCGCGGGCGUGGGCGAGGCGCUGCGGGCGCUGGUGCACGCGCACUGGCCGCACGAGCGUCUGCCCGCGCUGCUGGCGCACGCCACACUGCAGAGGCUGGUGACGCUGGCGGAGGCGGGCGCGUGGUGCGAGGGCGGGCAGCACUACCCGCUGCUGCUGGAGCUGCUGCAGCGGCUGCAGAGACUGGCGGGCGCGGAGCGAUUGCAGCGUCUUUAUAACGAGAGCAAGAUCAACCUGUGCGCCCACGUGUCGGAGCGCAGCGGGGGCGCGGCGGGCGCGCUGGAGGCGCUGGAGGCGCGCGGGCUGGCGGCGCUGGUGCCGCAGCUGCGCGUGCGGGCCCAGCUCGCGCGCCAGCUAGCCAGCGAGCCCGCGCCGCUCGCCCUCUACCGCUGGAUCAAGGCCAACGUGGAGCCGGCUGUGCGACACAACGGCGCCUUCGUGUCCACGUUGGUGGCGCUGGUGGCGGGACACGUGACGGCGGCGGCGGGCGCGGGCGGGGCGGGCGCGGGCGCGGGCGCGGCGGACAAGGCGGCGCUGGAGCGCGAGAAGGCGCUGGUGGAGGCGUACGCGCCGCUGCUGACCGCGCUGCUGGAGGGCCGCCCCGACCUGCAGCUGGCCGCCGUCUACGCCGUGCAGGUGCACGCGCACGCGCACCGCUACCCCAAAGGAAUGCUCCUCCGCUGGUUCAUGUACCUGUACAACCUGGAGGUGUGCGAGGAGGAGGCAUUCCUGCGGUGGCGCGAGGACGUUACCGACGCCUACCCCGGCAAGGGCGAGGCCCUUUUCCAGGUCAACACGUGGCUGACGUGGUUGCAGCAGCAGGAGUCGGAGGAGGAGGAGGCGGAGGACUAGGCCCGUGCUCCGGACACACAUUCGCACCGCUUUCCUUUUGCGCUCAUCUCAUAUAAAUAUAAUUAAGCCGAAUAGUUAACAAUAGAUAUGUUUGCUGCCGUCGGCGACACUCGACUACGGCCGGUCAUUGGGUUAUACUAACUACUUAAACAAAUGUUAGUAUUUCGAAAUAUUUUUUUGUAGGCCAUUUACUCGAUUUUGAUACUUUUUACAAAUGUAUACAAUGUAUAGUGUUCGUUUGUACGUAUGGCUGCACUCCCCUCCCCUGUCCUCUGCCCCGCACCUCGUCCUCUGUGAGCGUACCUUAGUUUAAAUUGUAUAAAUAUAUAUGUAUGAAAAACUUAAAUCAAUUUCUAUAUUAUCAUGAUCAUUU